AUGUGGGCUACCGCUCCACAGCCGUACUACUCGGCCUACAAGCCAACCGGAAGGAAAGAGAGGGCAAGCAUCAGCAACAAAGGUGGCACAUCGCCGUCUGCUGUCAGCAUCUCGCAACUUCCCCUCCCUCGUCUCUCAACCCAAGAUCAUCCCGACAACAUCACAGAUUUGUUCGAGCCUGCUCUUGAUGGACCGCCUUCACCGGAAAGGAUUCGUGCCUUGAGCAAGCAGAUGCAGAGGGCCUCGGCCUUGGACAAACACCAGAGCCACGCCACCACCUCCUCUGGCUCGACGUCCUCGCUGCGCUCACUCAACUCGGACCGAUCGUGGGAACACACCCUGGAAACCAUCACUCUGUCUAGACGUUCUUCUGGCCGGUCAACUUCGAGCAGCAUGCCUUCCAGAGACCGCCCCGAGAGCGUGCAGCUCUUUGGUAAAACCAUUUUCAACCGGAGGGCCAAAAUGAAGCGGGAAAGCAGUGGUAACCACAGUUCCUCUGGGAGUUCUCUUUACUCUGGUGAGCUUGCCCUGGAUGGCCCGGCCUCGACAAACAAGGACCAUUUCAUCCCAUCAAUCUUCAGCCGCCGCAGAACUCUAAGACAAGACGGCUUAGGUGAAGACCCAGUCCCGGGACGCAAGUUGCAAAUAUCGGGCCCUUACAACUUCCAACAUGUUACCCACACCAAGCGGGAUCACCUACCGGACCUUCAGCGGGGCAGCCGCGCCGAAUUGGUCUCCGAAUUCUCAGCCAUCCGCGCUGGCCAACGCCCGACCACCGGCCAGCUCAAGGGAAUCAACGUCGAAGAUUUGCACUUUUCCAACUUUUCAUCCGAAGCGUUGCACAUGCAGCAGGAGAACGCGUUGACGUCCGAAAACCAGCCAGACCUCUUUUCGAAUCGCCCACCUGCCAUCGCCCGGCAUACAGGCCCGACUUCUGCGCCUCAACGAUUGGUCAAGCACACACGAUCUCAAGAACAACUCCGGUCGAGCCCGCCGCGCCCAGCACCUCCACGGCCGCCGCGGUCGCCCAUUUAUGAGGAGAUUGUCUCACCAACACUGCCUGGCUCGCCUGUUUCUGUUCCUGCUCCUGUUCCUCCUCCAAGAUCGUCGAGCCGCAUCAUGAAGCAUUACACCGUUUCACAAGACUCACUCGCGACUAUUGACAUGUUCCCAGAGCGCCCCCAGACCAGCAGCGGUUUCCACUUGCCUGGUACUCUCGAGGCGCCGAUCGAAUUCGCCGAACCUACCAUUUCGGAAGAAACAGAAGCUUUUACGGAUCCGAGAUUCUCUCACGCAAUCACCACCCCUGACGAUGCUGCGUGGCCACUUACAGCCAGUUCCACCGUCACUUAUGAGAUGGCAUUGCCUGAUGUGCCUGAAGAAGAGGAGCAAUUUGUUUUGUCUCGGCAGUCUGGUAGUAGCUUGGCCAGCAUUCGUUCGUCGCUUCGCGGAAGCCAGUCCGUGCCUGCUCUGCGUCAGGUCGUGCCUCAAACGCCAGAGGACGAGUCUCGACGGCCAUCAAGCGGCGCAUCGGACACGCUUGGCAGCGUCGACAUGCUUGCCGCGCAUAACGCUCUCAAGGAAGCUUUGGAGGUUGAGGGGCCGACUGCAGUUUCUCACCGAGCCAGCUGGGAGGACGACAUCGACUACUGCUACGAGCACGAAGCUGAAGCUGAUUGCGACUACGCAUGGGACCGGCCGUCAUUGGAUCUCGUGAGGGACGACGCCGUACAUACUCCCUUCGACAACGACGGCAUCUUUGUGGCGCCGCUGUCAGCUGGUCUGAAGCCAGCAUCGACAACGGGACACUCGGAUAUCCCAGCCCUCAGCCCCGUCAGCCAGACUUCCGUAAGUCAGACUUCCGUCAACGGCCACGAAGCGAUCACGCCUACCAUCACAGCGCUGCCAGUGAAGUCCAACUUCUCUCAUCCCAGGAAGGAGACAAAUUAUCGAGGCACCUCCCAUCUCCACGUGCGAACAGCAUCGCGCGCCUCGAGCUUCAAGGAAUCCCACGGCUUCAACCUCUCGCCCUCUCUUCUUAUUCCAACGGACUUCCGCCAGCAAAUGUUGGCAGACUCGGAUAUAGACGUCUACCCCAUGGAUGUAUCGAGACAUGACACUAGCCACUUCGCCUUUGACGAGGAGCCUGUCCUCACGAUUGAAACCCCUGGACUGUUUGCCAGAGACCGUGCCAGCACCUCCACCACCGGCAGCGACUCCUCGAGCCAAACUAGCCUGACUGAGGCUCGCCAUACAUCGACCAACUCGACAUGGACGGCGCUCACCAGGUACACGGGAAGCACGACUUUUGAGGGAUGGAACCCCAAGUUUGAGGGCAGCGACCACUCGCGCUCCUUCAGCGUCGACGAAUUUGCGGAGCUAGGAUCCCCCAAAGGACGAAAGUCCACCAUGACCCCGCUGCCCGAGUCUGAGGAGGUUCUGACCAUGUCGCGUUCUACGGGCGAUAUCCGCGCCAUCUCUGGAUGUCUUGACGCCAGCAUGUCCCAGGACUCUCUCCCGCUUGCCAAGAUGAAGGAGCCGGUCAAGCAACACCGACGCCAACGUGCGCAGACACUCAGCGCACCGCCCCCACCUGGGCAGUACGCCCUUUUCCCGCCAAUCUAUGCCAGCGGCCGCGUCUGA